GCCAGAUGCUGUAAAUUCUGAAGCAGAUGUGUGUGUCUAAUUGAAUUACACUUCUGUCUGUACGUCUGUGCCAUAUCAGGUUGGUGUGAGUCUCUAUUCCUCCCUGCUUUCAAAGCUGAGGUCAUUUCCAUGGACAGAGCACAUUUGGUGGUGUCCAUGUGUGGGAGCGCUACACUGUCUUUAGCAUGAAGGGAGUCGCGUGUCCCCACAGAGAUCUUCAAUAGGGAAGAUUCGUUCGUGUUCUCCUCAUCACACUCAUCUGAUCCCACGUCAACAUUGCGCUUCUCCACUUCUCCAAUGCCGUACACUCUCAGAAAUAAAGGUACACAAGCGUACAAAUUCUGUACAAGUACAAAACUGUACCUCUAAAGUGACAAGCGAUUGUACAUUUCUAGCUACUGAAUGGUACCUUUUUUUCUGGUAACGGUACAGUUCUGUACCUUCAAGGGGUACUGCCACAGUGACAAGCGAUUGUGGUCUUUCUAUGUACUGAAUGGUACCUAUUUUUCUGAGAGUUUAUGAUCUCGAGCGGCAAUGACAUCACCCGUCAUCAGCCAUUACCCGUACAAAGAUUUUUGAAAUGGACCGAUAGGUAUAGCAAUGCUUAAUCGGCAGAAUAUGAAAGACGUCCUGUUGAGGGCAGCACCUAGCUGCCUUUCUACAACCCUUCAAUCUGAGAUCCGCAGUGGCGUUAUUUGGCAUACGCUGGAGAAGCGCAGUACAGUCUGCAGUGAGGCAUUGUAGGGGUCAGCCACCCCGAGGAGAGAAUGAGACAGCCGAAGGAGACGAUGCUCUACCGGAUUUUUUAAAAUAAAGGGUGGAGGACAGAGUAGCAGUGGGAGGCUGCGGUGUGGGGAUACACGCGUUCGAACUGAUGAUAACCAGCUGCAGUAGCCUAUAGGGCAGAAUCCUCGACAACGCAGUGUCAAGAAAUAUACGCGGCUAUACUGGAUAGUGCAGUUUGUGUAGUCCACACUGCUGAGUUUGGGGGACGGCAGAAUUUUUAGCCUGCCAAAAUGAACGGUAGCCGAUAUUCUAUCGAUUGGAAAUCGUUUUUAAUGUAGUGAUUUUUUUACUUGCAUCGACGAUUUUUAGUCUAUGUCAGGAAUUGCAUUCUUGAAGGAGAGUGAAUUUGAUGGCUUUCCCAUACAGAAGAAGAUAGCUAGCCUGCUGGACUACCGUUAGCUAAUAGAUUCCAAUUAGCUACCGCUUAGCUUGUGCUGAAAUAGUUACUGAUUUUGCGAUCUACACCUCGGCUGUUGACGUUUGGAAUAAUGGUUUUAAGAUUUCCCAGAUGUCCCAAAUGCAAGUUGUCAGCGUCGGUUGCCCUCGGUACAUUAGUGCUGUGCUGGUUUUACAUCUAUCCAGUCAAUAGACUUCCUAGCGACAAUCAGAUCAUAAAUGAAGUGUUACAGCUGGGACAGACAUGGAAGAAAAACGAGACGACCGUCCACUUGUACAGGGAGCUGCUGAUGGACUGCUGUGACCCUCGGGAGAAGUUUGCGGUCACCCGGGGAAACACUCCGCUGGGGACCGUCCUGUGGUACGACGGGGAGCUCUUCUACUUCCACACAGUCAGCAACCACACCUACCCGCUCUUUGUGCAGGAGUCGCCCAUUAAGGUGCCCCUGAAGAAGUGCGCUGUCGUCGGCAACGGAGGCAUCCUCAAGGGCAGCGGCUGCGGCGGGCACAUCGACCGGGCGGACUUCGUCAUGAGGUGCAACCUCCCGCCGCUGUCCGAAGACUACACGCAGGACGUGGGCUCCAGGACGCACUUGGUGACGGCCAACCCGAGCAUCAUUGUGGAAAGGUUCCAGGGCCUGAUGUGGUCGCGGAAGGCGUUCGUGGAGAGCAUGCGGGCCUACGGGCGGAGCUUCGUCUACAUGCCGGCCUUCUCCUCGCGUCCCGGGACGGACCCCUCGCUGCGGGCCGGCCACGCCCUGGCCGACUCGGGCUCGGAGCAGACGGUGCUGUUCGCCAGCCCGGACUUCCUGCGCAGCGUGGAGCGCUUCUGGAAGGGGCGGGGCGUGCGGGCGCGGCGGCUCUCCACGGGCCUGUUCCUGGCCAGCCUGGCGCUGGGGCUGUGCGAGGAGGUGGAGCUGUACGGCUUCUGGCCGUUCGCGAAGGACCCGCGCGGCCGGCCCGUGGGCCACCACUACUACAACGACGUGCCGCCGCUGUGGGGCGUCCACGCCAUGCCCGAGGAGUUCCUGCGGCUCUGGGAGCUGCACAAGGGCGGAGCGCUGCGCAUGCGCGUGGACAGCUGCCCCCGGGAGGCCGACUGACCCCCCCCCCCCC